CUAACAUUAGAGGCCUGUAAAAAAACUAACAAUAGAGACAGCAAAACCACAUGCGAUAUGAAGAAAACCAUGAUCUUGAUCGAUCUCUGCACUCCUGGAAAUUGAUUAUUUUGUAUAUAUUUCGAUCAUAUCCGGCUCAAUUUCUUUCCGGACAAACAACUAUCUCUGAAAAUUUGAAGUUCAGCAGCAAGAAUUGUUUUUCUCUGUCCUCAUUUUGUGCUUAGUAAUUUGUAGGGAUCUGCGUUUCUCCAUGGCGUCUUGGCUCAAAGCAGCUGAAGAUCUGUUUGAAGUCGUUGAUAGGAGGGCAAAGCUUGCUGCUGGCGAGAAGGGAGACGAGCAGCCCAGUUCUCAUGCAACAGUGUCCAAUGGACAAGGAUCACAACCAAAGAGAUCAAAGCCGAAAAAGAAGACUCAAAAGCGAGUUUCUUCCAAUGAAACUUCAGGUGCAUUUGCUACUGAAAGGGUAUCAACUCACAAAGAAAUGCCAGAAUCAGAUACAGCUGCAGGCAGAGAUAAGGCAAUUCCGUUUGUUGAAAAUAGUCGGACACUUCUAGACAGUUCCAUUGACAAAGCUGCUGAUAAAGAGAACCCAAUUGUGGAUGUGGGUGAUGCUUCAUUGGAUGCUCCUUUAUCUGAAACAAUCUCUAAUAGUGAACUAAAUGUUACAAGCAGUAGUUAUAGCACGGAAGCCGAUGGAAGUGAUGUAAACACUGUACCCUCAAAAUUAAAUGAAAAGCCUACAAGUGAAAGCAUAUCAGAAGUUCAUGAAGGGACUCUUCCACAACAUCCUGCUAGUGUUGUGGAUGAUAAUACCUUACAAAAUGACGGACCAGUUGAGUCAAGCCAAUCCAUUGCCCUUGAUAAUUCUGAAUCACCUAAGAGCAAUGAGCAUGACAGACUUCAAUCUGCAAGUGGAGAUGAUCUUGGUAAAGUUCAUAAAUCAAUGGAAGAAACUAAUUCCAAGGCUGAAAAAGGUUCAGACCUAAAUAAGCUCCCAGUACAAAAAACUACUACUACUUUCAGUAAAGUGGAAGAACAACUUGAUGAGGCUCAAGGCUUGCUUAAAAGUACAAGUUCUACUGGCCAGUCAAAGGAAGCUCGGUUGGCUCGGGUAUGUGCUGGCCUUUCAUCACGUCUUCAGGAGUACAAAUCUGAAAAUGCUCAGUUAGAGGAGCUUCUUCUUGCUGAGAGAGAGUUGAGUAAAUCUUAUGAGACUCAUCUGAAGCAGCUUCAAAAAGAUUUAUCUGCAGCAAGAAAUGAGGUGUCUAAAGUGGAGUCAAGUAUGACAGAGGCACUCUCUGCUAAGAAUGCUGAAAUUGAGUCUCUUGUUAGUUCUGUGGAUUCAUUAAAGAAGCAAGCUGCUUUAUCGGAGGGUAAUCUGGCGUCUUUGCAGGCAAAUAUGGAGGCUCUUAUGAGAAAUAGGGAAUUGGCAGAGACAAGGAUGAUGCAAGCUAUAAGAGAGGAGUUGGCCGCCGCCGAGCGAAGAGCUGAAGAGGAGCAUGCAUCACAUAAUGCUACCAAGAUGGCAGCUAUGGAAAGGGAGGUUGAACUAGAACACCGUGCUCUUGAGGCUUCCACUGCACUGGCCAGGACCCAGAGAACAGCAGAUGAAAGAAUGGCAAAGGCAGCAGAGCUUGAGCAAAAGGUGGCACUGCUUGAGGUUGAGUGUGCCACCUUAAAUCAAGAACUGCAAGAUAUGGAAGUCCGUGUUCGUCGUGGACAAAAGAAGUCUCCUGAAGAUGCAAACCAAUCAAUUCAGUUGCAGGCAUGGCAAGAAGAAGUGGAGCGUGCCCGCCAAGGUCAAAGAGAGGCAGAAAAUAAGCUUGCUUCAAUGGAGGCUGAAAUGCAAAAGCUGAGGGUUGAAAUUGCUGCCAUGAAAAGAGAUGCAGAGCAUUACUCUCGUCAAGAACAUAUGGAGCUAGAAAAACGGUAUCGUGAACUGACUGAUCUAUUGUACUACAAACAAACACAGCUUGAAGCAAUGGCCACUGAAAAAGCUGCUGCAAAAUUUCAAUUAGAGAAGGAAGCAAAGCGCCAUCAAGAGGCACAGUUAGAAGCUGAACACAGCAGGGUUUCUCGCCGAGCAUCAACUUCUUGGGAGGAAGAGUCUGACAUCAAAACUCUUGAGCCUCUCCCUUUGCAUCAUCGACAUAUGGCUGCAGCCAGCAUACAGUUACAGAAGGCAGCUAAACUUUUAGACUCCGGGGCGGUCAGGGCUACGAGGUUUCUUUGGCGAUAUCCUACUGCUCGAGUUAUCUUGCUUUUCUACCUGGUCUUUGUUCAUUUGUUCUUGAUGUACUUGCUGCAUCGUCUCCAGGAACAAGCUGAUACACUAGCAAACAAUGAAGUUGCAAUGUCAAUGGGGCUUGUCAACCAAACCUUGCCAUGAUGCUCCCUGUUUACAGAGAGAAAGACAAUUUGCAUGCACAUAGCCUGUUCUUCACAACCAGAUAUUAGUGGUAAAAAGCAAUACAUGAACAGAUGGUUAUCUUUCCUUAAAGAAACUAUUGCUUCAUUGUCAGUACUGAGAGUACACAAUUGAUGCAGCAAGUUCCUUACUGAUGAACUGCUUCAUACUUUGAGCUAACACGAUGUGGUUUGUAGUUGGAAUUUGUUGUAGAGUUACGCCUCUUGUUAUAUGGGCUGGUUAGAGAACUACCUAUACGGAUAGAGUCCUUUUCCAGCACGUUUUUUGGACCCCUAUUUUUCUUGUAGUGUGUAAAGAGAGUGAUGUAUAUACCAACCAUGUAAUUAUGAAGAAAGGGUUUGCUUUCCUUUGAGCAGAUUCUCUUUCUAUUCCAGUGCUGUGCUUGCCAUUUUAUAUGGAAACAGGGAUUGCUUG